AUGGCUGAAGUGCAGUCUAUUGUGAUUGAUAACGGUUCCGGUAUGUGUAAGGCUGGAUUUGCUGGAGAUGAUGCUCCUCGCGCUGUGUUCCCUUCGAUUGUGGGACGUCCCAAGCAUCCUGUGUACAUGGUGGGUAUGGAGAACAAGGAUCACUUCGUUGGAGACGAAGCUGAGUCGAAGAGAGGAGUGCUGAAUCUGAAGUACCCCAUUGAGCACGGAAUUGUGACUAACUGGGAUGAUAUGGAGAAGAUCUGGCACCACACCUUCUACAAUGAGCUGCGUGUCGCUCCUGAGGAGCAUCCUGUGCUUCUGACCGAGGCUCCUUUGAAUCCUAAGGCGAACAGAGAGCGUAUGACUCAGAUUAUGUUCGAGACGUUCAACGUGCCUGCCAUGUACGUCCAGAUUCAGGCUGUGCUGUCUCUGUACGCUUCGGGUCGUACCACUGGUUGCGUGAUGGAUUCCGGUGACGGUGUCUCGCACACUGUCCCCAUUUACGAGGGUUAUUCGCUGCCUCACUGCAUUUUGCGUCUGGAUCUGGCUGGUCGUGAUCUGACCGAGUACAUGCAGACUAUCUUGUCUGAGCGUGGAUACAGUCUGGUUUCUACUGCUGAGCGUGAAAUUGUGCGCGACAUGAAGGAGAAGCUGUGCUACGUGGCUCUGGACUUCGACAAGGAGAUGAAGCUUGCCGAGGAGUCUUCGGUGGUGGAGAAGUCGUACGAGAUGCCCGAUGGAAACAUCGUGACCAUUGGAAACGAGCGUUUCCGUGUGCCCGAGGCUCUGUUCAACCCUGCUAUGCUGGGUAAGGAGCUUCGUCACGGAGGUGUGCACGAUGCCACCUACUCGACCAUCAUGAAUACAUGGUGUGGGUCGGAGGAUCGCUGCUGGCUUGCCUGUCUUCCUUCCACAACAUGUGGAUUGCCAAGUCUGAGUACGACGAGGCUGGUCCUACCAUUGUCCACAGAAAGUGCUUCUAAGCUUCUCAAUUGCAUGUGUAGUUUGUAUUCUACUCAGGGUUGUUUGUUAUAG